AUCUUAACAAUUUUGGUGGGUCAGGAGUCCAGGCACAACUUAACUGGAUCCUCUGGUUAGGGUUUCACAAAGCUGCAGUGAAGGUGUCCUCUGGCCUGCAGUCUCAUCUGGAGAUUGGACUGGGGAAGAAUCCAUUUCCAAGAUCACUUCGAUGGUUGAGAGAAUUCAUUUCCUUGUGUUUGCAGGCCUGAGGGUCUCGGCAUCUUGCUGGCCGUUGGCUGGAGGCUGCCUUCAGCUCCUAGAGGCCUCCUACCUCCUUGCUCCACGGACUUCCCCAAUAUGGUCCCUUCCUUCAUCAAGCCAGAAAGGACAGUCCACCAGCAAGAGAAAUCCUCUGUGACGCAGUGUAGGCACAGGAGUGGCAUGUAUCGCCGCUGCUCUAUUUAUUGUUUGCAAACAUUACAGAUUCCAUUGCCCUCAAGGAAAGGGGGGUCCGCCAAGGUGUGAAUGCCAGGAGGUGGUGGGAAUCGAGGGGUCACUUUAGAGUCUUUGUGUCACACAAACAUACCUUUGUCACUUCUGAGUUUUUAAAUUAAAUAAAGCCAUGAAUAUAACCCUUUAAAAAUUGUCAUGUACAACACUAAAUAAGAAGUAAAACUUAAACCCAGAGCACAUCUGACAUCAAAGCUCAUGGCCUCUCUUUCCUGGCCAUAUUUCAUACUUGAAGUAUGUAUGAAAUACACCAUAUGUAAAAUAUCAUGGACUAGUUCAAAAAUCCAGUCCAAACCGUAUUUCCAAUAUCUCUGAAUAAAUUCCUAGAAUGAAGAGUAAGAGCAAAAUGCGUGGGAGUCAAGUGGUUUCCAGCCACCUGUAGGAAUACGGGUAUUUUUUGACCCUCGGUACCAGCAUCAGUAAAAGAGGUCAAUUUACCAUUUAUAUGAGUUACUUUUGUGGUUAGUUUGGGGACCAAGUGAGAUACUGGUUACUGAAUAAAUUUCUGUUUCUGGAAUCAUCGUCCCCACCAUGAUUAUACAGAAUGACGGUGAGGAUGCCGAGCAAGGGAGGAGACAGAAAUCCUUGAGUUAGUCGUGCGUUUCGCUGGUACCAACCACCGUGUGGUUUGAUGACCAAAACAAAACUUCACUGAUUUCAUAGGAGGAAAAAAUGCAUUUGAUUUUUGCCUUAAAUUGUAACCAUUCGGCUUAUCACUGAUUUGAAUUCUUUUUUGAUCAUUUGCAUUUAAAUUUUUUCCUUCUAUGAUUUUUAUCCAUUUGCUUUUUUGACGUGCCUACUGAUUUGAAUGAAGCCUUCCUCUGUCCUAUACGCCCAAAUAUUCCCAUCCCUCCGCUGCUCAUUUCUGUGCUCAUUUUGUUUACGGGGUGUGAGGGGCGGCGGCGGGCGAAGGAGAGAAAAGGCAUCCGCUGCUUUUCGCUCCAGGAGUUAACUUGGUCGCUCCCCGCCUGGGGUGAUGGGGGCGCUGGGCUUUUGCACCGCCCUGCGCAGCGUGCGCUUCGGGGCCGGUCUCUGCAAAGUUGGAUGCGCGGCGGCCGCCAGGCUACGGGCAGCAGCAGCCGGGCGGCCGCGCCGCCCCCGCCCUCCCCGUGCGCCCCGGGGCGCGCGCCCGGCCCGGUCGCCGCCCGCGCCGCCGAGCCGCUCGGGAGCCGUUGGGGAGCCGGCGGCGGCCGCGGGGCGCCGGGCGCGGGGCGGCGCGGAGCGCGCAUACCGGAGCCGGGGCUCGGCCACCGCCGGGCGGGCCCAGCGCACGCGGCUGGGGAACCUGCGCGGGGCGCCGAAGGACAGGGACUGCUGGAUGGACCUAUCCGUGGUGUGACCAGUACAGUAACCUGGCAUUGCUCCUUGUGGUACACAACAAACAAAAUAGAACGAAAACUGGACCUCUUUCUGUGUUUGCAAAAUGAAGAGGUCUGGCUGAUCGCAGGUGAUCUUUAAGGCUCUGUCCUUCCCGGAGAGACUGUCUUUUGAAGAAUUUGUAAUACAAAUAUUAACUGAAACCCAGAGUAAGACAUUAUCCGUCCUAAAAUUUUAAGCCUAUCAACGGGGAGACAUCUGAUAGUUGAGUUUACAGCUCAUCAGUCUCUCGAAAAUAGCUGAAUUAUUAUGCAUCCCAUGAUUCUAAAUGGUGACAUUCCAUGCUAUUAAAUAAAAGUGUUUCAUGGGAAACCAAAACCCCAUGCUUCUUACCACAAGACGGACUAAUGGGUUAACACACUAGAGCCUUCAUCUCUGUGUAUUUUGAAACAGUUUCCAGGAAAGAUCAAGAAUAGUAACGAAGCAUUCGCUGUCUAGUAUAUAAGCAUAACAGCUCGGGGCAACACGGCAGGCAAGAAGUUUCAAAACUGCUUUGAAAAAUAUCCAUCAUAGAUUUGCAGGCCUGAAAAUUGCAGUUGAAAUCAUUUUUUGUACUCAUGGCUAUUGGUCAGCUGAGAUGAUGAACUACAGAGACUAAGAAUUUACGAGAGUAUAUUAAAUCAUUAAUUCAGUCUUUUGAAAGGGAAAGGGUAAAGGUUUCUCUUUUAUCGAAGUAGUUAUAGGAAGAAUGUCUUACGGUGAAAGUUACAACAGGUAUUUUCUCUGCUAAAUAACCAAAAGUUGCUGACUUAAAGUUCCAGUCACAAUGCUGGAUCGUCCUCCAAAAGAGAGAAUGCAGGUGUUCAUUCACGCAGAUCCAGAGUGAGACCUUCUUUACUGUCUGUUCUUCAACAGAAUCAUAACCUCCAGUGACUCACACACACUCUGAAAUUGGGUGGGGGUGGAGAGGAGGAUUUGAAUUCCAGAAAGACAAGCAACUGGCUGUCUUUGGAAGAAUCUGCUUCCCUCCGAGCCUCAUCGUCCACUCUGAACGACUCUGAUGAUACUGUUUAGGUUGCAGACUUGUGACCACCCUCCCCGCCGCCCCCCCACUGCCCCAGACGAGUCUGUAUGCAGAAGAGCUAGUGACUGGCACACAGUAGGAGCACAGCUCACCUUGGUUCUCCCUUUCUUCUUAGUGUUUGCUGACUAACUGAGCAAACUGUAGGAUGAAGAGUAGGUUUUCAUUUCUGCUUUGAAUUUUAAAAAGUGUAUGUGGCAAAGUCUUGAUAAUUGUUGAAUCUGGGUAAUGGGUAUAUGGGGAUUUAUUAUAUACUAUUUUCUCUGUUUUAGUAUAUGCUUAAAAUUACUUAUCAGAAAAAGAAUUUAAGUGUGAAUCUGAAUAAAACAACCCCACAGUAUA